GUCAUUGUCAUUUGAUUUUGACAUAUUUAUGUUAUUUUCAAAAGUGUAUUGAUUUUGCUAGGUGCCUGGGAUUUUAGGUAUAAAUUAAGUAUUAAAAAACGUUAUUAAUAGCGUUAUGUACACUUUAUGUUUAGAAAUAUUCAAGCUUGGUAGAUUCUUUCCAAAACGGGCAUACUCAACUCUUAACAAGAGUACAAUUUUACACCGCAUCCCUCGAUCGAAAAUGGAUGAAGAAUUAAAAUGUCGAGAAAAUCCAGUCGUGUUACGUCUAGACUCGGCAGAAUUCCAGAGCAUCUUUACCCCAGAAGUUUUAGCACUGAAAAAUAUCUUUGAUAAAUAUAAAUAUGAAAUAAGAAUAGCUGGUGGUGCCGUAAGGGACCUCUUGAUGGGUCUAAAUCCAAAAGAUCUGGAUUUUGCUACAACAGCAACACCACAUCAAAUGAAAGAAAUGUUUACUACUGAAAAUAUUAGAAUGAUCAAUGCUAAUGGAGAGAGGCAUGGCACUAUAACAGCCAGGAUUAAUGACAAGGAAAGUUUUGAGGUGACCACACUGAGGAUAGAUGUACUUACUGAUGGACGCCAUGCAGAAGUAGAGUUUACUACAGACUGGAAACUUGAUGCCAACAGGAGAGAUCUUACAAUCAACUCCAUGUUUCUUGGUUUUGAUGGCUCAGUGUAUGACUAUUUCUUUGGCUAUGAAGAUUUAAAAAAGAGAAAGAUUGUCUUUGUUGGUGACCCUGACAGAAGAGUGAAAGAGGAUUAUUUAAGGAUAAUGAGAUAUUUCCGUUUCUAUGGAAAAAUUGCAGACAAACCUGACAACCAUGAGGAAAAUACCCUCGAAGUCUUAAAAAAUAAUGUAAAAGGUCUGCAAAACAUAUCUGGGGAACGAAUUUGGGUGGAGUUAAAAAAGAUGCUGCAAGGCAAUUUUGCUGGUAAUCUAUUGAAGACUAUGAUUGAUGUGGGUGUUGGAGAAUACAUAGGUUUACCAGCAUCUCCAAAUAUAGAGGAACUGGAGAGAUUACUAAAAAGAGCUGAACACCUGAACUUGCAUCCAAUUUCUUACCUGGCAGCACUCCUAACAGACCUGGAUGAGGUCACAGUUCUAUACAACAGGCUCAAGUUCUCUGGUUAUGAUAGAGAUCUAGCUUACUUCCUGGUGGAGCACCGAGGAGACAAGGAAGGCAGCAGGCCAUUAUUACCAUAUGAAAAACUGGUAUUAAAUUCCAAAAUAAAACAAAAGGAUGCAAUUGAAUAUGUAAAGGAAGUUUUAAAAUACAGAGGGGAUAAACUCUUUGAUCAGUUCAAUGAAUGGGUGGUACCUAGGUUCCCAAUUAGUGGUAAGGUUUUAAAAGAAGCUGGAGUGCCACCUGGCAAAAUGUAUGGCCCUAUCAUUAGCAAAAUCAAAGAUAUUUGGAUUGAAAGUAAUUACAAACUAUCAGAAGCAGAGUUAGUUCAACACAUCCCUGGCAUCAUAGAGGAAUUUGAUAAGAAUAAACUAAAUCCAUAAAAGCUUAAGAUGUUUCAUUUCUCAUUUAUUAUAUUAGAAUAUAUGAAAUAUUAACAAUAUCUAUGAUUAAAUAUAAUAAUCUUUUAGGUGCAAGGACUAAAUAAAAAUAAUUUCAAUAACUUUUAUUUUUUGGGGCUUCAUAAGGUUCAUAUCUAUCACAGCCAUCGUCAUCAUCCUUGUGAUCUAAGAAGCAUCUCUUGCAGAACAGAUAUCUGCAUCCAAGGCACCUCAUCCUUGCAUCUUCAUUGCAAAUCUCACAAAAUGGUAGUUCAUCACAUGGAGGAAUCUCAUCUUCAAUAGUUGCCUCUUUCUUUAUCUACAAAAUAAUUUGAAAAUUUAAUCUGAUUCAAAAUAAAGCUGCAAAAUAGGGUUUAGUUAGUUUAAAGACUUAAAAGUAUUCAUUUGAAGUUGUUAUUAUUUACCUUCUCAAUAAUUUUUUUAACUGUGGUUUCCUCAUCCUCUGAUUCAUCACUUUUCUCCUCUGGUUUGCUUUGUGCUACUCCCGCUGGAGCAGGUUCUGAACCUUUCAGUUUCUGCACCCGAGACUCAAUACUGUUGAUAAUCCCAUCAAAUUCAUUUUGGUAUUUAGUAUCUAUGCCAGUUUGUUCCAUAUAUUGUUUUAUUAAGUCAUCUGCUUGCUCUUGCUCUGUUCUUGUGUCUGGUGGUGGUAAUACAGGCUGAAACAAAGCACCCCUAAUUGAUGAGUAUGUAGACAGACCAGAGACAACGUACUCAGUGAAAAAGUAUGAGCAAAUCUUGCCAUAUAAUCUUUGCUAAAUUCAAUGUGAGACAGACAGAUGCAAAAUGUAUAUUAACUAUAAAUUAUAAUAAAUUUAUUAAUAAAUUAUAAUAAAUAUAUAUAUAUUUUUGUCAAGAUACCUUAGCAUUAACCACUUCAACAGGUACUCCUCUCAAUUUUGCCAGUCUGGCAUAUAUCUCUGCAUCUGAAGUAGUGGGUGUUUCGCCUUUGAUAUUCUGGAGACGGUUUUUUAUUUCUUCAUCUUUACUCAAAGGAUUACUUGUAGUUUUAUUUUCUUUUAACUUUUGUAAUCUAUCUAAUAUUUCUUGGUUUGCUUGUUUUUCACCCAUGGCACCUAAUCUCCUGAAUAACAUCAGUUGUUGAUAUUAAUUUAUAUUUUUUUAAGUGUACUCCCUUUGUUAAUAAAUAGUUACAUAGAAUUUAUAUUUACCUAUAGUAUGCAUCAGGGGCUUCUACUGUUUUAGGUUCAGUAGGUUUAGCACUAUUGUUUUUACAUUUUGCACAUACCUAAAACAGAAUAUUUUAUGAAACUAACAGUGGUCUAAGAUCUUUAAAAGAAAUUUCAGUUAUCUUAGGCGUAGUUAAGAAUUUCAAUUUGUAGAUACUUUUCGGACCUUGGCCUCCGCAUUUAAUUUUGGUAAGAACAUUUUAUUAUCCAAACAUUUUGAGCAGUAACUGAAGCCGCAGCUGGGACAUCCUUUCUGUAAAAUAUUAGAUUAUAUAAAAUUAACAAUAUAAAUUACUGCUAAUCAAAAUUCGUCUAGUCUAGAGAAAUAAAUACCUCUUUACGAAGCAAAGAAAACGGUUUUGUGCAGGAAUUACACGACAUCUCCACAGAAAUUGAAAGCCGUCUAUUGAGGAGCUCUAAAUUCAAUUUCUGGUUUUGUUUUUGGUCUUACAAUUUUAUUAUAAGAUACUGAGAAUCAAGUAAACAAAUACCUUUGGGUUUGGGUAGGAUUUUUUGUCAAAAAUGAAUCAGCUGUCAUUGUCAUUAUCAUUCAUUAAUGCCAUGAACACAUUCAUCCAUUAAGCCAGUUGCAGACUUGUUCCGUUAGCCGAUAUGGUUUUUCACACUCUUGUGUACAGACAGCAAACUAGGCGAACUAUCUAACUAAGCUAUGUGAAUAUGAAAAAUUGCCUCGUCUGCCUUGUCGACUGUGUGAACUAAGUUAAACUGACUUAGUUUAGUUCUUGGUCUGUUCUGUAUUAUAUUUAUACUGUUACACUAGUAUAUUCUGUGGUAGAUGGAUGACAUCGUCAUUGUAAACAAUGUGUUAUUAUUGUUUACACACAAAAUAUUUUCUUUCAAUAUUAACUUUCAUAUUUAUAACGAAGCAAGAUGAACCUUAGAAAUAUAUUGCCUCCCAAUAUAUAUGACGUGAUUGACAGAGCCGGAAUAUCGACGGAGAGACAAAUCAUUCUUUUGUCAAUUUGGGAUAUCAAGAAAUACACAAAUUUGAAUUUAGACGAUAUCUUGCUGCUCAAAAAUAUCGUGACUGAACACGUCUGCCCUACGGUUUCUACGGGUAAAGAAGAACUGAAGAGAUUUAAUUGUAAUAAAGCAGGAGUGACAACAGGUUGUACUGGAAUAGAUAACCUGUUGGCAGGUGGCUUUCGCAGAGGCACAUUAACAGAAGUGUUUGGAGAAAGUGCCAGUGGAAAGACGCAGCUAGGACUACAAGUAGCACUUAAUAACUGGGCUCAGGGAUGUGUUUAUAUUUGCACGGAAGAUUUGUUUCCAACUAAAAGAUUUGAGGAAAUGAAAACAUCUCUUCCCCAGUUUGACUCAAGAAUUGACUAUGGGAAGAAUAUAUUUGUGGAACAUAUAACAGAAGCAAUAGAUCUAUUGUCUUGUUUAAGGGUUAGAUUGCCCAAGUUGCUAGAACAGCAUCAAUUAGCACUUAUAGUGAUUGACUCUAUAGCAGCACCAUUUAGAUGUGAAACUAAUAACUAUGUGAAGAGAGCUGAAGAUUUAAGGGAAGUUGCUAUUCUUUUAACAUCAAUGGCUCAAAAGUUUGAUUUAGCCAUUCUGUGUAUAAACCAAGUCACAGCAUCUUUUGAAGACUCCAACAGUGUUUUGCCAGCAUUAGGCCUGGCAUGGUCCAAUAUGGUUACCACCAGAUUAAUGUUAAAGAAAACUUUAAAUAUAUUAGAUGGUAAAAGUUUAGGAAAAAUAACCAAUCACCAGAUUGCUUAUAAUCAUGAAACCUGUAUCAGAGAACUGCAUGUAAUGUUUGCCCCUCAUUUAUCCAAUAUGUCAACACAAUUCAUUGUUACAGCUAGUGGCAUACAGGACAUUCCUAAAUAAAAAUGUACUCUAUA